UCCCUAGUGGUUCACUAACCAUUUUGCGCUGUAUCACUCAAGGGGAAAUAGCCACCAGAAUUAAUGAGGAAGUUCAAGAAGAAGAUGUGAUUGAAGUGCGGGGCUACUUAAGAAACGAAAAAGAUAGCCGUCAAAUAUUAGUGCGAGCGACGGAAUUUACUAAACUCGAUAUAAGUUUUUCGAAAAUUGAUCUCGAAAAUUCUAACCAGGUUCGAUUGCUUGGCAAAGUGCUUAGUGAUUUGGAACCCCUGGAAAAAAAACGCAAUCCGGAAGUGCUAUCCUUUAAAUUGGCAGUCCCCCGCGAAGGAGUUAAAUCACCUCUUUUCUUUUGCCGAAUUAAUGAGAAAGAAUUAGUGAGUGAGUUUUGUGAAAAAUUACAAAAAAAUGAUGUCAUUCUCUUAGAAGGGUUUUUACAAACCCAAAAAAUAGUGCAGGAGGAAGAAGGAGAGAAAAAAAUUAUCCGUGUUUCCUCGAUUAUCUGCUCUGGAUUUACUCUCCUUGACAGUGAUUUGCCAAAGUCUAAAAUCAUGAAAAAACGAGAAAAAGUUAUCCUCUUACAGAAAAAAGUCCGCUUGGCUAAUGAAAGGAAUCUUGCCUGGUUAGAACAAAAGCAAGUUCAGCAAACCCAAUCCGAUUCACUAUUAGAAGCCGAAGCCCAAAGAAUAUAUGACAAGAUUAAUAAUCUUUCCUUUGAUUUUACUUUGAAAAAAGAUGAAAAAGGCAAACCAUUUGGUUCAGUGGGAUUUAAGGAGAUUUUAACAGCCUUAGAAAAAGUUGGUUUUUCAGGUCAAAAGAAUCAAUUAUUAGAUUUUCAUCCUCUUAAUAAAUUAGGAGAAAAUAUAAUAAAAGUAAAGUUAAAUAGUAUCAUGUCCAAAAUCGCUAAACGCAUUAUUUUAAUCCCUGAAAAAGUAAAAAUUAAUUUCGGAAAAGGAACCAUUUCAACCGAAGGUCCAUUAGGUCAGGGCGAGGAAUUGGUUGUCCCCUCUAAUUUAGAAAUUACUCAACAAAAAAACGAGUUAACCACUAAGUCUGAUAAUUCGGCUCUGGCUGGCACUUAUAACGCUUUAAUCUCUAACAUGAUAAAAGGAGUAGUAGAAGGCCACGAAAGAGUGGUGGAAGUAAAAGGGGUCGGAUAUAAAGUAUCUUCGCAAGGAGGAAAAUUAGAAUUUUCUUUGGGAAAAUCGCAUCUUAUUUACAUGGAUAUUUCACCAGAGUUGACGGCAAAGGUAGAAGGAAAUAAAGUAAUAAUUAAAGUAAUUACUGUCUAUAUUCCCGGUGAAAAGCACAAUCUUCAAGAAUAUUCCUCGGUGCUAAUUAGUGGAGGUGGUGCCCAAGAUUUACCUGGGGUGCAAUACCAUAUAAUUCGAGGCUAUGGCGAUGCGGAGGGAGUCAAAGAAAGAAAACAAGGCCGCUCUCUCUAUGGAGCCAAGAGAGCAAAAGAAACAAAAG